GCAACCUCGUGGCCUUCGCCUACUUGUUUGCCCAUAGCCACCCCUGGCCAAUCAACAGUCGCAAGCUGCAGCUGACUCGAUGAAUGUCUGCCAUGGCAUGGAGGGCUGCAGCUCUGCUCUCGUCAGUUGAGGCCCUACGCCUAGGCAUCAUGGUCACGAGCCGCUGGUCCGCCUUUGAACGUCGUCAGCUCCUACGUCAUGCUGUGGCGAAAUGCAAAGAAGGCUUGCAGGGUGAGAUUGAGUUGCUGUUCUUCAUGGCCAACCCUUCAGAGGAGCACGAGGCUGCGGCGUGGCAGGAGGAGUCCCAGUAUGGAGACCUUGUGGAGGUGGGCGGCCCAGACAGUGAUCCACCAGUGAUGAGAGAUGUAACGUACGUGCUCGACAGGCCGUGUGCUCGCACCUACCGUCUCCUGCAUGGAAGCAAGUGGCUUGCGGAGCACAGGCCAAACCAUGACUAUGUCAUGUACCUAGAUGAUGACAGCUUCCUGAAUCUACCGCGGUUGAUGGCACACUUGGAGCGCCAAAAUUCUGACUCCUUGGCCAUGGGUUUUGUCAUGGAGACUGAGCUGGACUGGUCACAAACUCAUGUGUGUGAGCUUUGUAACCCUUGCGAGAUGUGCCGGAAGGAGGAGAGCCUUAAAGCAUUCUGCGCCCAGUUUCAGAAUGUGUCAAUGGGCGGUUGCAUGAUGGCUAUUGAGAACUGUGAGAUUUUCGACGGGGCAAACCACACAAGUUCAGAGCUUCCGCAGUGCAUCAACCAGAAGCUACAGGAGAUCCGCAAGGUCUCUCGGUACUUUGGCGCGAAGGCUGCGCCACGCUGGUUCCUUGGCAUGGGCUGGGUAUUUGGAAGAAGGAUCGUGCGCUUUCUUGGCCGCAAUGCGCACCGCUUGAAGAGCAAAGGGGCUGCAGAUGUCUCGCUAGGCUUCUGGCUCGCGCCGUUGGAAGGAGUGCGAUUUGUAAGCAUGAAUGAAGGCUUUUUUUCAUGACCAUCCAGAUGCGAGGAGUACCUUCUCCAAGGCAUGCACUGAUCGAAGUGUCCUGGUUCACAGGAUGAACACAAGCCGUUGGAGCGGAUUUCAACCUGAGACCUGCGAGAUGGUGUGCUGAGUUAGCGGGACCAGUUGUGCAGUUUCGCGAUUGUCCCUUCCUGCAGCUCAUUCCACCCACGCCCAAACUAUCAAGGGCAAGGCAGGAAGAUUAGGCAGUGAGUUGUUGAAAAGACAAUACCGCCACACCCCACUCGCCAGUAACAACAUUUCAGCAUCCAAAAGUGUAUGGCUUCGCCACGGCGGUCAGGUAUGGCCUGGCGUUUUGCAUGACGUUGGGAGACAACACCUGCGCUCUUGCUCUCCUGGAAUCAAGGCAAUUGAUCUUCAAGUCUUCAACUUCUUGGAGGAUGCGUCACAACUUGGAGCUAAGUGAGAGGCCCACAGCUCCGGCACACGUGGCACAGCCAUGGACAGGGAAGUUGAUUGAAGACGGAAGCGCCUGACAGCCA